AUGACAACUGCGUCAACUUCAAUUCCAUAUUUUUAUCGUGAUGCAAAUCCUUUACUUUAUACACUUCGUGAUGAUAAUACAGUAAUUCAACCAUAUUUUCUCUUUCCAUUACAAUUUUUAUUCUUUGAUUUAACCUUACGUUGUUGGGAUCGAUUAGUUUAUGGUACAUGGUAUUUACCAGGUGAAUUGAUUGAAUUUGAACUUGUUGAUAGGAAAACAAUCACAAUUACGAGUGAUAUUGAGAUUGAUCAACCAUUGCUUUCGGAAAUCUCAGUUUAUAUUCUUGUACCAUUUAAAGGCCUUUUUUCGAGGAAAAAGAAAACACCGAAACAGGUUCUUCGUGUAAAACUUCGAAAAGAAGCGAAACAAAUGACAUUUGAUCUAUAUGAUAUUAUUUUCAGUUGUAUACCUUUAUUUGCUCAUACAAUUUGGUAUAUUAUUAUUCAUACAGAUUGUAGUUCAGCUGCAUAUUCAUCAACAUGGAAUUGUUAUAAUCUUUUUGGUUAUCGAAUUUACAAUUAUAUUUUCGAUUCCUAUACAGAUUUUGCUUAUUGUUUUCUUUCAAAACUAUAUUUCUAUCGUCGAAAUAAAGAUGCAUACAAUUUCAUUCAAAGUAGAAAAAAACCAUGGCGAAGAAUUUUAUCUAAAGUAAUAUUUUGGAUUGCUUUCGUGAUAUCGAUCAUUACAUUUAUAUUUCCUGGUGGAAUCAUUCUUCCAUAUUUGUUUACAAAUGUAAUUCCAAUGCUUGUUAUUUAUGCAUUUAUCUCUAUGGCUUAUGCAUAUGUUGUGACAGUUGUAACUCUUUUUCUUCAUUAUUACACAGCUAUCACAGGAAGAGUUUUUGAUUUCAAAAGUGAACAACUCAAUUGGAUAAAACGACAAAUGAAGAAACUUCGUCAUAAUCCACGAUUUGUCAUUUCAUUUGGAAUAAGACUUUUNGCAUUUAUCUCUAUGGCUUAUGCCUAUGUUGUGACCGUUGUAACUCUUUUUCUUCAUUAUUACACAGCUAUCACAGGAAGAGUUUUUGAUUUCAAAAGUGAACAACUCAAUUGGAUAAAACGACAAAUGAAGAAACUUCGUCAUAAUCCACGAUUUGUCAUUUCAUUUGGAAUAAGACUUUUUCCAUAUAUAAUGUCGAUUAUGUUUAAUCUAUCGCAAUUUAUUUAUUAUGGAGGAGAUUUUUGGACAUCACUCACUCGAGAAGCAGAUUUUAGAGAUCCAAGUAGAUAUUUUGCGAGUAUGUCGCAAGCAUCACAAAUUUUUCAUACAAUUUUAACUACAAUUUAA